ACAAGCAUUUUGCAAUAUAGAAGCAAGACGUGAAAAAGUUCUAUAUUGGACAAAAACAUGGAGGUUUUGUACGUUACACUCCUUAGUUUCUCUGUGGUCUUUGUAUCUUUUGCAAUCCACUUCCUCUUUUUCAAGAGCAAAUCAGGGUCAUCUGGACGUUUGCCUCCCGGAAAGACCGGAUGGCCGGUGAUCGGAGAAAGCUACGAGUUCCUCUCCACCGGCUGGAAGGGUUAUCCUGAAAAGUUUAUCUUAGAUCGCAUAGCUAAGUAUUCUUCCAAUGUUUUCAGGACUCAUCUGUUGGGUGAGAAAGCUGCUGUCUUCUGUGGCGCCGCUGGAAACAAGUUUUUGUUCUCAAAUGAGAAUAAGCUUGUUCAGGCAUGGUGGCCUGACUCUGUCAACAAGGUCUUCCCAUCUUCAACACAAACUUCAUCAAAAGAAGAAGCCAUCAAGAUGAGAAAGAUGCUUCCAAACUUCCUGAAACCCGAAGCUUUGCAACGAUACAUCGGUAUCAUGGAUCAUAUUGCUGGAAGACACUUUUCUUCUGGUUGGGAAAACAAGGAUCAAGUGGAAGUUUUCCCACUUUGCAAGAACUACACGUUUUGGAUAGCUUCCAGAUUGUUUGUGAGCGUUGAGGAGCCAACUGAAGUUGCUAAGUUGCUCGAACCAUUCAACGUUUUGGCAGCCGGGCUUAUUUCUGUCCCUGUUGACUUGCCCGGAACACCUUUCAACAAGGCUAUAAAGGCAUCUAAUGAAAUCAGAAAGAUGCUUGUUUCUAUCAUCAAGCAGAGGCAGAUUGAUUUGGCAGAUGGCAAGGCAUCCCCUACUCAAGAUAUCAUGUCUCACAUGCUUACAACAAGUGAUGAAAAUGGAAAAUUCAUGCAAGAAUUGGACGUUGCUGAUAAGAUUCUUGGUUUACUCAUUGGAGGCCAUGAUACUGCAAGCUCUGCAUGCACUUUCAUCGUCAAGUAUCUUGCUGAGUUGCCUGAGAUCUAUGAAGGAGUCUACAAGGAACAAAUGGAAAUUGCCAAUUCAAAAGCGCCUGGUGAAUUGUUGAACUGGGAAGACAUUCAGAAGAUGAAGUACUCAUGGAACGUGGCAUGCGAAGUGCUCAGACUUGCUCCUCCUCUUCAAGGAGCAUUCAGAGAAGCUCUUAAUGAUUUCAUGUUCAAUGGAUUUUCAAUCCCCAAAGGCUGGAAGAUUUACUGGAGUGCAAAUUCAACCCAUAGAAAUCCAGAAUGCUUCCCUGAGCCCUUGAAGUUUGAUCCAACAAGAUUUGACGGAUCAGGACCUGCACCCUAUACAUUUGUACCCUUUGGUGGAGGGCCUAGGAUGUGCCCCGGAAAAGAGUAUGCCCGCCUGGAAAUUCUCGUUUUCAUGCAUCAUGUGGUGAAGAGAUUCAAGUGGGAGAAAAUAAUUGCUGAUGAGAAAAUUGUGGUUGAUCCGAUGCCAAUUCCUGCCAAAGGUCUUCCAGUGCGUCUUUAUCCACACAAAGCAUAAAAUAGCUCCACAUUUUAGCCUUCGAUGAUCUUCUCCAAAUAACAAUAUACCUUUACAGAUACUACGAUAUUCUUUACUUCGAAUGUAUAUACAGAUCCAACCUUGUGUUGUUUGUUCUUCUUCUUCUUCUUCUUUUUGAAUGACUUUCCCAUUUCGGUGUAUUUCUUGUUUCAAUGUAGUAAAGAAAUAAAAAUGAAUCGCUUUCUUUCAA